GAAAGUGACCGGUGUGCCGCGGUGAAAAGCAGACGAUUUUGCUCCGCUCCCUUCCCAGAGAAAGUUAGCGCUCUUCAUGAAGGUCACGUGUUUUGGAAUAAACAAAUAAAUUCGGUGAGAGAGAGAAAACAAAAUUGUGGCCUUGAAAAAGGACGGCUCUUUUCAGGCGAAUGAAAUUGUAUUCAUAAUAAUUUUCUUGAGGAUACACCGGCAUUAUUUUACGGAUAUUCCUAAUCGUUUUCUAAACCAGCAAUCACACAUUCGAAAGAGCCAUCAGGAUCAUAACAGUGAUUUUACGAUUUUUGGAGAAGCAUGAAGAAGCUAGAAAAGGUCAUCUUGAGAAAUGCAGUCAUAUGUUUUUUCAUCCUUUCACAGAAAUUUCACUACAGUUCUGCAACCAUGGAAACCAAAAUUAGCGUAGACUGUCACAGUGACCCAGAACAUAUUAUGGUGAAAGUAUCGACGAACAUUCCUUUCGAGGGUCUCGUGUACGUAUCUGAGAGGUACGGAGAUCUCAACUGCACUGCCUUCGGCAAGAAGAACGAUACCACUUUUCUCAAAGUGCCCCUUAAAGGCUGCAACACACAUGAAAAAGAACCUGGAUUAUUUAUGAGUCACGUGACAGUGCAGCAACACCCCAUGAUCGUGAGUGCAGGGGAUGGAGAAUACGAGGUGGGGUGUAAAUUGUUCAAUGGUGACUUGGAAGUCGGCACAGGAAAUCGCAUUGACGUCAGUGCAUCUAGCAUGAAAGGCAAUGAUACAAUGACUUCUCCCUCCCCUGCACCACAAGUGAUGCUCAGGAUAUACGAUUUCGAAAACGACGUGUUUGUGGACACUGUCCGGUUGGGCCAAGUCGUAGAGUUGGAGAUCACCAUACGGGAUGGAAAAUUAUAUCAAGGAAGUGUUUCUGACUGUGAUGCUAUUAAUUACAACGGUACACGUUUCCCAGUGGUUCGCAAUUUUUGUCCUGUAGAUCUAUCUGUGUCCGAUAAAGUGUACGUAGAUGACCAGAGCCGGACCACUGGUGACUACUAUCUUUACAUCCCUUUCCGAAUGUUCCGGUUUCUAGAUGGAACGAAAGUGAGAUUCAGCUGUAAUGUGAUUGUUUGUCAGCAUGACUGCCCUUGGGCUGACUGUGGAGACUAUCUAGGCAUGUCGUAUGGUAGAAAAAAGAGAUCUGCCCCAACUUUAUCUGAUUUUGAUGCCAGCCGAACUAUGACCGUCACAAAUGAAGUCAAUGUGUUGGACGAAGAUCAUCGAAUACCAAGAGCUGCUGGUACAGGUAUUGUAGAAGAAGAGCUACCUCCUCCCAAAACUCCUUCCUCUCAGAAUGCCGAAGUUACCAAUUCUUCCUCUAGUUUCCUACCUACUCGUUUCGAGUACCUGAUCGGUGCUGCCGCUUUGGUAGUCUCACUCCUGAUUUCCGUCUGUGUUAACGUCUAUCUCUUGAUAUUUAUCAAAAGAAAAGUCGAGAAAAAUAACGAUGCCGAAAGCAGCUGUACCCCUUCCAUACAUGAAUCGCCUUUUGUGGAUACAAUGUACAGAGGCAGCUUGUACGACCGAUAUAAUCCAAGGUAUGAUUGGAAAUUCGAAUCCAGGGAGAUAUUGUACCCACCCAUGCCUAUACGUCAUGCCAGGGCCACCAGCAGAUCUCAUAGUUUCAAAUAUUGAUGUUUAAAAGAAGAUAUGUUCCUGGAAAUAAGGAUUUUUUUUUUGUUCAGUUGGAUAUCGUACUUUCAUAUAUUUAUUUUUUAUAAAGACAUUGUAAUGCUAACAAUGAUCAUGAAGAUCUGGGACUAACACGGCAUUAACACAUCUGAGUUUUAUUACAACAAAAAAGCAUAUAAAAGAUAUGCUUCAUCGAA